AAUCCCUCAUCCACGCCCGGUCGACGACUCAGCGUCCCUCAAAACUUCGCCCUACUCGGUGCCGUCCCUUGUGUCCUUCCACUCGCUACAUACUCAAAAAUGACUCUCGCCGUCGAUCUCCUCAACCCCCUCCCCGAGACUGAGAAGAGGAGCCACAAGCUCAAGCGUCUUGUGCAGUCCCCUAACUCGUAUUUCAUGGACGUUAAGUGCCCUGGCUGCUUUGCGAUCACGACUGUCUUCUCGCAUGCGCAAACCGUCGUUCUCUGCGGCGCAUGCGCAAGUGUGCUCUGCCAGCCUACUGGUGGUAAGGCACGGCUGACGGAAGGGAGCUCGUACCGGAGGAAGAACUAAGUUGUCUUUCGCUUCCUUGUCACCUCUGUAUCGCACUACCACGUAGCAUCUGCGCCCACAGUAUCGAUAUCAUCAUGCUUUCGUCACGCUUCGCUACACUCGACUCCGCGUCGUGUACUCUCACAGUAAAAUCGCUUCCUCACUAUGCUGCUGUGCGUGUGGGAGCCAUGCGGGACGAAGGUUAAGUAACCAAUAUUCUAGUCAUCCAUGUCAUGCGAUGUAUGAUCCAAGCUCACUAUGCA